AUGCCACGUAAGCUACGUAAGAAUAUACGUAAGAGGAAGGGAGCAUUGAAACAUCCAAUAGUAAAACUGACACCACAACAACAGUUGCAACAACAAAUGAUGAAUGACCCCACUAUGUUGCAACAAAUGUCAAGCAACCCUAUGCUUUUAAACCGAGUUAUUGGUGCACAGAGUGGAGGUUUAAGAGCGGCACUUUUAGCGAAAAUGGCAGGCUAUGGUGGAGCUGCAGACGGAACAGCUUAUAACCCUCAAAGUCAAAUGAAUUUGAGUUCACUCAAAAAUCAAAUAACAGAUGUCAAAAAGUCAAACAUAGACAUACAGAAACAAAUAAGUGAAAACGAAAAGAAACUAGAAUAUGACAGACACACAAAGAAACUCAAUGAGUUAAACGUAGAGAAAAAGAAGAAAGAAGAACAACUGAAAGAACUAAGUACAGAGGAAUAUGCGAAAAAAGUGUCAGAAAAAGCAGCAGAAGUAGCAAAAAUGGAACAAGAUGUUAUAAAUUUGAAAAACCAUACUACUCAA